UUUUCUCCAUCUCCGGUACUCAGGCGUCAGGCUCUCUCUCUCUGUCUCACCAUCUUUUCUUCCUUUUUCCCACCGACAAUUCUCUUCUUCUUCUCCGAUCGAAAUUAGUCGUCUGAUCGCAAUGCAUGCUCUCAAGGACAAGGUCUCACAGAAGCUUUCUAAUCUCUUCGCCGAUUCCCCUACCCAAUCUGCUUCUCCUCGCUAUUCCCUCUCCGAUUCUCCAAAGGCCAGGCUGAAUUCGAGCUCAGGGAAAUCGUUUACUUCGUAUUUCUCUUUUGGUGUUGUUCAAUCUGGAAACGAGAAUGGUGAUUCCCAACCAUGCCCACCUCCUCCUCUUCCCGUUAGAACAGAUAGCUACGAGUCUGUUGAGAAUUACAAACAUGGAAAUGGGCAAAACCAAGCUGAGGCAAUUACAAUGAUCUCGAAUGGCCAAGACAAGGAUUACUUUGACGGGAUGAAGCAGAUGAAGGAAUUAACCGAAAGCUCUGCUUUUAUUUCUGCUAACUUGUGUGAGUUCUUGCAAGCGUGUCUUCCAAACAUCGUGAGAGGAUGCAAAUGGAUCUUGUUGUAUAGUACGUUGAAACAUGGCAUAUCACUUCGUACGCUACUGCGUAAAAGCGCAGAGCUUCCUGGUCCUUGUUUACUGGUUGCUGGAGACAAACAAGGUGCGGUUUUUGGCGCUUUGCUGGAAUGUCCAUUAAGACCUACUCCUAAGAGAAAAUAUCAGGGUACAAGCGAGACAUUCUUGUUCACAACUAUUUAUGGUCAACCACGCAUAUUUAGACCUACCGGUGCUAACCGAUAUUACUGGAUGUGUAUGAACGAGUUUUUGGCAUUUGGAGGUGGAGGAAACUUUGCUCUAUGUUUAGACGAAGAUUUGUUGAAGGCAACAAGUGGACCUUCAGAAACCUUUGGGAACGAAUGCUUAGCUAGCAGCACUGAGUUUGAGUUAAAGAAUGUCGAGCUCUGGGGAUUCGCACAUGCGUCUCAAUACUUCUCCUCCUGAUCUUGAAGAUCCUUUCCUGGUUGAGAAUCGAGAUAACCUUUAAAGAAAGCUUACUGUAUUUUUGAAUCAGUUGAUUGUUUCGAAGUUUAUAAUUAGGCUAAGACAGUUUUCAGGCUUUAAACUGUUUAAAGAAUGAUAAUAUUACAUGAUUUUGUAUCUGUGUUGCGAAGAAGUAUACUAAUUCAGCUUAGACUGAAACUCUACAAUAGUGUUAUUAUUUGUUAUAUAUAUCAGAAUUUCAUCUA